GCUAGGUCAUCAAACGCAGUGUUGUGGCAGUAGCAGACCGAUUUACACGCGUGACCCACAUUUCAAUCUUUCAGUGAACGAAUAUAUUCGCGAAAGUGCCUUAAGACUGACUCAAACACAGACGACAAAUAGUCCAAGUGAUAUUUAGUGUGAUACUAGUUUUUUAAGUUCCAAGAAAAUGCCAGCCCCAGUUCAGGACGAAAUCAUCGCAGCAAUGGAUCAGGAGUGCGUAAUUUCACCCUCGAAGCUCAUGGAGACUCGCGAUAGUAUCUCCUCCAUAGACAGCGACGUGUCCCUGUCUUUCGACAGAACCACCCAGGUGCCGGAGAACCCUGCAGAGGCCGAAGACGAAGGCGCUCACAUGGCCGAUCUAAGUGACAGCGCCUCAGACACCGGUUCUGCCGGAGGCGGUAAAGACUCGGGGUGUGAAGUCACCCCAGAGGUCACCGAGCCUCCUUUCACUCCCCCCUCCGACGAAUUGGCUGAUAAGAUCGUGCAACAGGUGGAAUUCUACUUUUCCGAUGCCAACAUCACGAAAGACGCGUUCCUGCUCAAGCACGUGAAGAGGAACAAGGAGGGGUACGUGUCUCUUAAACUCAUUUCCAGUUUUAAGAGGGUAAAACAUUUGACUAAAGAUUGGAGGGUGGUAGCCCACGCUUUAUCCCGCUCAACCAAACUUGAAAUCAACGAGGCAGGCACUAAACUGAGGAGGCUUGAUCCCUUGCCCCAGUACGACGAAACUACCCCUUCGCGCACUGUAGUGGCCGUGCACAUGCCCAUAGAUAAACCUACUAUAGAAAAUGUGGCGGAACUCUUCAAAUCCUGCGGCGAGAUCGCCCUUAUCCGAAUUUUAAGGCCUGGCAACCCCGUGCCGGCUGAUGUAAGGCAAUUUAUCAACAAGAACCCUUCCCUCGCCGGUAUGGUAUGUGCCUUGGUAGAGUUCGUGAACUCCGAAUCGGCUAGAAACGCUAUGCAGCUGCAAAGCACUCUGGGCGAGCCCAUGAAAGUGUACGAGCUUAACAACGUGCCUCAUCCUGAGAAAAAGAAGAAAAAUAACAAGAAAGGUUCUAACAAUAACAACAAUAAUCAUACUACCAAUAAGAACGUCUCAUCUGAAUCUGAUUACAUUACAUCGUCCUGUCCAAGCGGUUCCGAAGCAGAGGAUAUGAAGAUGAAAUUUGAUCCUAGAGGAAAAAUGCGUCGUGGUUCUUCCGCACACUUCCCCUCUCGCUUCAUCGAGCCCGCCGCCUGGCUGCAGAGGCGGUUGAGCGCUUCCAGCACCGAGGCUAACUUCAUCUAUAUGCCCAGGCGACUCUCCUAUGGCAGCAGGGACUCCAGCGACUCGAGCCUGUUUCUGCCGCGAAGGAUGAGCGCUUGCAGCGUCUCCAGCACGGACAGCUUCAACAGGAGGAUGUCUUCCGCCUCCGAUAGCAGCAACCCCAGGUCAAGGAGCAAUAGCUCGGCCUUCCAGAACACAGAGAACGUAUUGAGAAUGCCCCGUGGUCCCGAUGGCAGCAAAGGAUUCCGACAAAGGAUCUCGACUUUAGCCCAAUGAACCACCGUAGAAUAAUUGAAUAGGUAUUAACUUUGGGCAUCCAGCAGCAAACAAAUAAGGGGAUGUUUAAAUUCAAAGUAUUAGGGGUUAUGCUGAGAUUAGAUUUUGUUAUUUGUUAGAGAGGAGGAUUCUAUGAAAUAUGUAGCUAUAAAGAACAAUGCAUUUACGAUGGUCGAAACACGAGCGUAAGCAAGAAUGUAAAUUUAAUUUUUAAGAUUAAUUGACUCGGUUAUUAUCCGACACGCCGCUUGAACAAGGCGAGCAAGAUGAUCUUUCUUUAUGGUUUAUGGUUACAUAAAUUGGUUCCUACGGUUGCAGUCCAUUCUAUUGUUAACGGGUUAGGUCAUUAAAUUACGUUUAUUUUAAGUUUUUGGGACAGCACUGGAUGCGUUCUGGUUUCAUCUUGAUUAAAACAAAAUAAGUGUAAAUAUACAGUAUUAUUUCUUUUUGAAUACAUUUUGAAAGAUUUUUUUUAAAUGUGUUAAAUUUCUAGAUCAAAAUUAUUUUGUUAGCAAGUUCGAUGUUAGCUUCCCUUGGGUCGAACUUUUUUGUUUAAAUUAGCAGUGUAUGCUAUUUCUAGUUAAGAUAUUUAAUAUAUUUACAACUAAAGCUUUCAAGGCCAAUUUUACUACGCAGCAGCGAGCCAAAAUCGGCACUUGAAGUACGGCCUACUCGCUGCGAGUAACGGUGACUACGGCAUAAAUCCUUGAAAGAACGGUUCAAUGCUUUUCGCGAUACGUUAAAUGAAUGAAGUGGACUUGAAAUCCGAUCACAUUCAGUACGCGACCCACUUGCCGGUCGUACUUUCACCGAAAGUCGGUUGACGCUGGAAAAAAUGAAAGAAUAUUUAGAAACCUCCUCGUUAGAACGAAGGCAGUCCGUCACGCUUUUUAAUCUAUAUAUAUAUACAAAAGAUAAAGCAAAGGUUGCGGGCUAAGGGAAAGGUUAGUUUGGUGCUAUAAGAGAUAGGGGAUAAAUUAUUAAGUUACCCUCACACAAUAAUUUUUCAUAUAUAUUAAUUUCUCUAGACCUCUAAGAAAUCUCAGUUCAUUUCUUUUGCACAUUUUACGCUAGAUUUUGAUCAACUAAAUGCAUUGGGAAAUAUGGUAUCAUUUAUACAAUUUAUUUUUAAAAAUUCAUCUACCUGGAAGGCCUCAAAAAAUGUCAAUAAACUGUUGAAAGAUGUUAAAAUGUUCCAUUCUAGAAAACCAACAUCUGCGAUCUGCGGCCGUAUUCCAGCAUUCUUUGAGGCGUGCGGUGUAUAUAAAUGUAUUUUGUACUUUUGCAGCUUUCUUCGUUAAUUUACAGUCCAUUAACAGCUGCAUAAUUAUUUACUUUCUAAUCCACACACAAUCCACCUAAUUAUAAGCGCUAACGGUCAGCUUUUUCUUCGUCGGUAUAAGUUAUACAUAUUAAUAACCAAUAGCAUGUAAUUCUCGUCGUUAGGUACACCGUUUCGUUUUAGAAACGACUCUGUAAUUUAUACUAUAACGACUAGAUUGUUUACAGUGAAAAACAAUCACCGUCGCACUUAAUUUAUUACUUUUCCACGGCUACCUUAAUUUUAAGUUUGAAAAAUCAUGAUUGUAAUCGUGUAAGUGUAAGGAAACCUUGAAAUUGACUCAUUAUGCAUUUGUCUCAGCUUAUGUAAGGAUUCCUUAUGCUCGUCUUUGUAUUUGAGAUGAAACUCUCCCUUCAUAUUAAGUAUGUAUAUUUGGUCUGUACAUAUAUGUUAAUUAUAUUUAUUAUUUCUUAUUUAUUUGAAUUUGUCUAUAUGAUUUAUUAUAGAAAUAGAUGUUGUGUUUCAAUCGA